AUGACGGGCGCCCCUACGAAGCUCUAUGUCCUCUGGUACGGCCCCUGGACAGGGACUCAGAAGGGCUACGUUCGGGAUUUCAUUACAGGCCUAAGUGGGUCCAAGUCGCAAAACAUCAACAGCUACUAUUACAGCGCCGCCGGCCUGUACUCACCCAAGACCAUGAAGCUCAUGGGCGAGGCCGACGAUGCGUCCAGGUCGUCUGGCACGGUCCUGUCGGACUCGGCGGUGAUGCAGCUGGUGGACAACAGGCUGGCAGCCACGCCGACGGCGUUGCGCCCAUUCCCUUUUGACAAGGACGCCAUCUACAUAGUGAUGAGUGACAAUGGUGACGUGUAA